CGUGCUGCGGUGGUCUGCGACUUCGUGAGACAUCCAUCCCUCCUUACAAACUACGCGGAGAGACAGCGGAGUUACGGUGUGACUUUGAGCCUGAGGACUCCCUUAUUUACUCCGUCAAGUGGUUCAAAGAUGACGAGGAAUUUUAUCGCUACGUUCCCAGGGAUGAACCGUCGUAUCAGAUUUUUCCCCCGAGUUGGGCUGUCGGUGGAUAUGAAGCUCUCGAAGCCCAGCCAGGUGGUGCUUCAGCGAGUCGAGUUCAACGCUUCAGGGCAAUACCGCUGCGAGGUCUCGGCAGAGGGACCUGACUUCAACACCGUCAUCGCCCAGGGCAGGAUGAUCGUCGUGGAACCCCCCACCUCCGGCCCAGUGAUCACGGGGGGGAGGAAAACGUACCGGGUUAAUGACACAGUGGAGUUGAUGUGUACUUCCAGCCCAUCACGCCCGCCCGCCCAUCUCUCGUGGAGGAUCAACGGCCGGCCUGCCCCGCAGGAGCACGUGACGAAGGACCGGCCCUACGUGGCGCACGACGGCCUCCUGACGCAGAUCUCGCGCCUGGCCUUCGUGGCGCGGCCGCACCACUUCCAGGGCGGCAACCUGGAGGUCAAGUGCGUGGCCGAGAUCAGCGAGCAUCACCUGAAGCACCACAAGGCCAUCCCCAAGAACUUCAGGCCGUGGGAGAGGUCCUUCCAAGCCAGCACCGGAAGCAGCGUGGGGACGUCUGUAGCGGUGUUGAUCAUCUCGUGUCUGGCCGUUCUUUUAGCCGCCGAGAGAUGAGAAUCCGCUGGGUAUCCACGAACGCCUUAGGGGAUAUCCUCCGCAUGCAUACGCCAUGUCUUACAAGAACGCUUGAUAGUUAUCGUCUUCGAUGUGAAGUUGGACCAGAUAUAUUGACUUUUUUUUCAAGGUUUUGUAAUUAAAAUGUGGGUAAUAACCAGUGACCAUGUGGACAGGAAAUUUCAUGUCUUCAUGGAUAUUUACGAUAAUGAC